AUGCAAGAGAUCAAUGUAGGUGCAGAUGGCGAUGAGGAUGACACAACUGACGCUAAUCGUCAAGAUCAAAAGUCAUCGGUGCGUCUCUUAAAAAUACCACGCGCUGCUCCACAAAUCGAAGAGUAUGGAUUUCGUCUUACGCGCAGCAAUGGCAGCGGCACACCUGCCUCGUUAUGUGGCCUCAAGAGCGGCGAUUGCAUUUUAAAGGUAAAUGACGUCGAUAUACUUGGCAUGCGAAUAGCCGAUGUGGCCCAAAUAGUUAAGGGCCAAAAAGAUGGCGUUACAUUCUUAUGCUGGAAUAGCGACUGUCAAACCGACUGUGAUGAAAACAGCAUCUGCUGUGCUCCUAUGCCCACCACCCUGAAGCGUCUUGUAAUCAUUGUGGAGAGCAUUCUGAAGCUUAUCGAAUGUCCCGUGUGCAAUGCGACCAUAACUCCUCCGGUUAUGCAGUGCCAGAAUGGACAUUUGCUGUGUCUCGAGUGUCGCAUACGCUCGGAGAAGUGUCCAAUGUGUCGGGGCUUCUUCACGCCCAUUCGAUCGGGUGUCGCCGAGGAAAUAUAUUCGAUUAUUGCGGGCGCCUUUGAAAGUUGCCGGCGAAAAGGGAAGCUGCGGCAUAAGAUCUUUGGUGAAAGGGCUUUAACCAAAGCUAAUUCCAAUGAAUACUGUAACUGCCAAGAGCCAUUGAAGCAGCCCAAAUCGUUGCUGCCAAAAAAUAGAAUUCUUACCAAAUUGUUGCAGGCCAGAGCUGGCUCAUUGGAAAAUCUGUUCCAAAGCAAUUCGGCCAAGUUGUUGCAUGCCGAUGCCAUCGACAGCUUUAACGUGAUGCCAUUGAAAGGGUCCAAAGAAAGAGGACUUGGGCCAAGAUUAACGAGGACAUCAAUGCUAAAAUGCACAAAUGACUUACAACAGCUGCCGGAGGCAGCAGAUGAAAGGAACGCCAAACUGCAGGCAGACACGAAUUGUGGCAAGAACCACAAUUGCAAUGCGGCUGACAGUUUGGCCCAACAAGACAUUGUUCGCCGUGGUGGAGACUUGCCUCUUGUUGGCGGACCAAACACGACCGUGGCUGCAACUGCCCCGUCAGUUGUCAAUGAGUUAUGGUCCGACCCACCUGUCAAGACACAAUCGAAGUGCUUUGCCUUUCCCACUCUUACACCACCGACCAGUGGCGUGCUUACGGGAUAAAUAAUUGUUAAAGCCCAUUGAAAACUCUUCAGCUGCAGUUAUGAAUAAAUUAAAUAAUUUAA